AUGAGCGAGGUCGACGCCACUACCAAGCCCGUCGAGGCUCCUCCCGCCGAGCAGCAGGAGGCUACCACUGCCGGUGAGACCGCUGAGGAGACCAGCAAGGAAGCCGGCACUGAGGACGCUUCAAUGAUCAAGACGACUGCCAAGACGGACUACAAGGACUUCAAGAAGAACAACAAGUUUGAUCCCAGUGUUCGAGAGGUGACAGAUGACCCCGAAUCCAUUCGCAAGCAGGUCGAAUUCUACUUCGGAGACUGGAACUUCCCCCAAGACAAAUUCAUGUGGGAAACCUGCGGCGGCUCCGAAAACAAGCCCAUGGCCAUCAGCAAAAUCCACUCCUUCAAGCGCAUGCGCACCUUCCAGCCCUACAGCGCCGUCGUCGCCGCCCUCCGCGACAGCAAAUUGCUCGAGGUCUCAGGCGAAGAGGGCUCCGAAGUGGUCAAGCGCAAGACGCCGUACAAGCCCAUGGCCGAGGGUAAGGCCAAGGCCGAAGCAGCCACCGUCUACGUCAAGGGCUUUGGAGAUGAGAACCCCGAUACGCAAUUCGACCUCGAGAGCUUCUUUGCUCAGUUCGGUGAGGUAAAGGGUCUGAAGCUGCGCCGCACAAACGAGAAUCUGUUCAAGGGCUCCGUGUUUGUGACGUUUGCGAACGAGGAAGAGGCCAAGAAGUUCCUCGCUACGGAACCAAAGCCUACCUGGAAGGGACACGAGCUGAAGAUUAUGAGCAAGAAGGAGUACUGUGAGGAGAAGAACGAGUUGAUUCGUCAGGGGAAGAUUGAGCCCAGCGCUCAUGGCGCGAGAAAAUUCUACGAGGGCAAGGAUGGCUCGCGAUCAGGCAGAAAGGGUGGUCGUGACCAGGAUGACUGGAAGAAGAGACGCGAGCAGGACCAGAAGAAUGGUUUCCGGGGCGGACGGGGCGGCCGCGGACGAGGAGGUCGCGGAGGUCGUGGCCGUGGCGGCAGAGAUGGCGGUCGUCGUGAUAACGGCCCAGUCAAGGAUGCCACGUACUCUGAGAGCGCUCCUGAGGGAAAAGAGUCCAACGGAAAGCGAGCUCGUGACGAGGAUGCUGCUGGCGAGGAGCCUGCCGCCAAAAAGGUCGAUACCAAGGAGGCUACGGAGGCGUAG